AUGAAGUUUGAUGAUGUUAUUGUUAACCACAUUGGUGAAUUCGGGUUGUAUCAGAAAACGCAGCUUAUUCUUCUUUGUCUUCCAUCAUUGAUCACAUCAAUUAAUGCUUUAAGUUGGACUUUUGCGGGUGCUGAUGUUCUCCAUAGAUGUAGACUCGACACAGAAACAUCCGACACCCACAAUUACUGGAAUGCGCCUGAAGGUUUUUUUAACUCGAGCUGCAAAAACAUCAAAAGUCAUUUUGAGUGGAAGAGUUGUCCUUUCGACGAAUGCAAUUUUCAGAAUGGAACAACGUGUGCUGAAACUGGGAAUGGUUUUGUUUUUGAUCGAUCUAUUGUUAGUUAUUCAGCUGUUGAGAGAUGGGAAUUUGUAUGCGAUUGGUCUGUUCUGAAGGCAGUCAUUCAAUCUGCGUAUUAUAUAGGACAAAUGGCAGGCUCUUUAAUAUUCGGCUUCCUUGGUGAUAGAAUUGGGCGUAGAUCAGUUUUUUUCAUUGCUAUUGUACUUCAAAUAAUUGGCACAGCCGGAUUAGCUGUUUCUCCUCAUUGGUUGCUUUAUGGUCUCUUCCGUAUCUGUGUUGGCUUUGCACAUCCAGGUUUUUACUUUUUUUUUAAUUUUACGGUUUAUUUUUAAGGAAUUUUUGUA